CAGGGGCGGUGCGGGGGCGUGGGCCGCACGCGCCGUGCGCGCCGGGGCGGCUAAGUUUGGCUAGGCUGCGAGCCCCGCGCCGCCGCCGCCGCCGCCGCUGCCGCCGUCACUGCCCUCUUCGGAGGCGCGGGCCCGGCGGAAACCAUGUUUGUGGCGCGUAGCAUCGCGGCCGACCACAAGGAUCUCAUCCACGAUGUCUCUUUCGAUUUCCACGGGAGGCGGAUGGCUACCUGCUCCAGCGAUCAGAGCGUUAAGGUCUGGGAUAAAAGUGAAAGUGGUGAUUGGCAUUGUACUGCUAGCUGGAAGACACAUAGUGGAUCUGUAUGGCGUGUAACAUGGGCCCAUCCUGAAUUUGGACAGGUGUUGGCUUCUUGUUCAUUUGACCGAACAGCUGCUGUAUGGGAAGAAAUAGUAGGAGAAUCAAAUGAUAAACUGCGAGGACAGAGCCACUGGGUUAAAAGGACAACUCUGGUGGAUAGCAGAACAUCUGUUACUGAUGUGAAGUUUGCUCCCAAGCACAUGGGUCUUAUGUUAGCAACCUGUUCAGCAGAUGGUAUAGUAAGAAUAUAUGAGGCACCAGAUGUUAUGAAUCUCAGCCAGUGGUCUUUGCAGCAUGAGAUCUCAUGUAAGCUAAGCUGUAGUUGUAUUUCUUGGAACCCUUCAAGCUCUCGUGCUCAUUCCCCCAUGAUCGCUGUAGGAAGCGAUGACAGUAGCCCCAAUGCAAUGGCCAAGGUUCAGAUUUUUGAAUAUAACGAAAACACCAGGAAAUACGCAAAAGCUGAAACUCUUAUGACAGUCACUGAUCCUGUUCAUGAUAUUGCAUUUGCUCCAAACUUGGGAAGAUCUUUCCAUAUUCUAGCAAUAGCAACCAAAGAUGUGAGAAUUUUUACAUUAAAGCCUGUGAGCAGGAAAGAACUGACUUCCUCUGGUGGGCCAACAAAAUUCGAACUCCAUAUAGUGGCUCAGUUUGAUAAUCAUAAUUCUCAAGUCUGGCGAGUGAGUUGGAAUAUAACAGGAACAGUGCUAGCAUCUUCAGGAGAUGAUGGCUGUGUAAGAUUGUGGAAAGCUAAUUAUAUGGACAAUUGGAAGUGUACUGGUAUUUUGAAAGGUAAUGGGAGCCCAGUCAAUGGGAGUUCUCAGCAGGGAAACUCAAAUCCUUCCCUAGGUUCAAAUAUUCCAAGUCUUCAGAAUUCAUUAAAUGGAUCUUCUGCUGGCAGGUAUUUCUUUCCCCCUCUGGAUUCCCCACGGGCUGGAUCGAGAUGGUCCAGUUAUGCCCAGCUCCUUCCUCCUCCUCCUCUUCCUCCUCUGGUAGAGCACUCUUGCGAUGCUGACACUGCCAACCUCCAGUAUCCUCACCCUCGCAGACGAUAUCUCUCUCGGCCUCUUAAUCCCUUACCUGAGAAUGAAGGGGUUUAAAACACUGACUUAACAUUGAAAGGCCUUAUUCAAGUGCUUGUAAAUGCUUUCAUUUCUGGCUGCUAUUUUUCUUCAUUUUCUUUCAGAAGAUUUUUCUAACUUAGGGUCUGUCUUGCAUGUAUUACAACCAGAAUACAGUGUUCAGAGCCUAAAUCUGUUUGUGCGUCUGGAGCAAAGGAACAUUUGCUUCUCUGGGUGAUAACUGAUGAAAUGAGGUAUGUCCAAAUAAUGUUAACUGUGAAAUUAUACACAGUAGCUGACUUCAAAGUGCCUGUUCUGUAAUUUUAUUUUGAACUGUUACCAUAGUCUUAAGUUGCUUAUGCUUUAUCAGACUGGCUAAUGUGAAAGCAUAUUAUUAUGAAGUUUAUUCUGCCUUUGAGACCUUAAGAAAUGGAUUUAAUUUUACAGGCUAAUGUUGCAACUGACGAGUACGUAAAAUAAAAUAAAUCAUUCCUGUGUAUAAAGCAGCAAAACCUAA